AUGUCAAGUAAAAGAAGAAAGUUAGAUUCUCCUAUAAAACCCCAGCUCAGUGCUGUGAGUGCUUUCGCAGCCAGGAAGGCGCAUGCUGCUGCUCAGAGCAGUUCACAAAAAGAGACCUCAUCUUCUCAAAAUCAUAAUGAAAGAAUCUCUCAGCAGGUGACAAAUGAUGUCCCCUCCAGAAACUCUAACCGUGGAAAACCGAGUACGGUUAAACGUGAUCUCCCUUCCAUAAACCCAGGCUUUAUUGUUGAGGGAAAUGGACGAGGAGAAGAGCUAGAAAACCAUGUCUUGAGUUCUGAUUCACGUGAGCAGUCACCUGAACUGAUUUCAAACCGACCGUCGAUGGUGUUGUCUACUUUCAAACCUAGUGACGAUAAUACCAAGGUGCUCAAAAGCAGAAUACUAGUGUUGAAGCUUGCACCUGGUGAGAGAUUGGUCAUUCUGGGCCAAUGUAAUCUUGAAGUUGUCGAAGGACAAAUCACGAUCUUAGGGUCUAUACUAAGAGCUUCGAAAACUAAACAUCCAGUAUAUGCAGCGACUUCAUAUUCGUUACCAGUGAUUAGAUGUCCAGAUGGGGAGCUGGACCAUGCAGUUCUCCGUCUUCAUCAAUCUGAUUGUGGAAUAAGAUCGUUGGAAUCUCUCUCCCCGCUAUUUGGAAAGUUAUGGAACGAGGAUUCCCGAGCUUUCAAAUCAGCGCAUAGUCACCUUGCCGCAAAGCUCGGAAAAAGCACAUUUCAAAUUGUACACAAAUCCUAUCUACAACCAGUCAUCUCACCACCAGAAUGGAACAAGACCUUAUCCAAAUUAUCCAGCUCCACCCAAACUACCAACCGAAUUAUGCUCUGCGGCCCCAAGUCAUCCGGAAAAUCGACUUUUGCGAAAUUGCUUGUAAAUCGACUUUUGUCUACAAGUCAGAAUGAGAACAGUUCAAAUUCAAGAAAGGGUCCUGGUGUUGCACUCCUUGAUCUUGAUCCAGGGCAGCCGGAAUAUUCUCAUCCUGGUCAAGUAUCCCUCAUUCAUAUCAAGGAACCAAAUUUUGGUCCCUCAAUUACUCAUCCUAUACCGGGAACUAGCAGUCGUAUAAUUCGUGCACAUGCUCUAGGUGCAGUAUCGCCAUCUAUGGAUCCAAGUCUCUACAUGUCAUGUGCACUCGAUUUAUUUGCACAUUACCGCAAUUUAGCCUCUCUUCAUUUCAACUGCCCUCUGGUCAUCAAUACUCCCGGCUGGGUUCUUGGAACAGGGCUUGAAAUUCUCGUAGACUUAAUAGCCAAGGUGCACCCAUCAGAAGUCAUAUACAUGUCUAAAGCAGGUCCUGUCGAAGUGGUCGAAAGUCUUCAAGAUGCAGCCAAAACAACACCUCUUGUUACUCUUCCUUCACAAACUACCGAUUUCAUGACACGCACUUCGGCUCAUCUAAGAACUAUGCAAUCAAUGUCAUAUUUCCAUCUAGACCCAGCAAACAAGAAGGAACUAGCAUGGAGCGGAACCCCAUUAUCAUCCAUUCCUCCUUGGGAAAUCAAGUAUUCCGGCGAAAAUGCCGGUAUUCUAGGUAUCUUAUGCUACGGCGAACAACCACCAUCAGAUCUCCUUUUUGAAACUAUAAAUGGCUCUAUAAUUUCGAUAGUUGUCAUCGAAGACCCAGCUGCAAUACCAGGAUACACUUCCACUCAACAAGACAAAUCCGAAAUCUCAGAUCCCAACACUCUCCACGAGUUCAAUUCCCCAUUAACCCUCGACCUCAUCAAGAAGCCCCUCAUCCUUCCAACUCCUCACGAAAACCUCCCAUAUUUCAACCCCCUUAAUGCGAUAAGUCUCGAUCCGGAAUUUUCCCAUACGAUCGGAUCAGCUCUCGUUCGUGGAAUUGAUACUAAACGCCAGCGCUUGCAAAUCCUCACUCCGAUUCCACAAGUCAUGUUUGAGGAAAUCAAUCAAGAAGGGAAGAAAAUCGUGCUAGUAAGUGGAAAGCUAGAUACCCCCGGGUGGGCCUACACAGAGGAAUUAGUAAGAAGGACAUGGAUGGAGAAGGAAAAGCGAAGGAAAGAAUCAGACGAAGAAGACGAAAUAGCAGAAUACGACACCGAGGAGGACGAAGAUGAAGAUGAAGACGAAGACAACGAAGAGAGUAAUACAGAAGAAUUGGAGAUAGAUGCCGGGAUAGGAAUUGCACUCGAGACCCCGGAUGUAGUAUCCAUCGAUACGGAUACACCGCAUCACGCAUUCCGCCACAUUCCGUGGGUGGAAAAAUUGACGGGUUCGCAGGGAAGAGGGAUAGGCGCGAGAGUUUGGCGCGUGAGGAGAGAUUUGGGGAAGAUGGGUGAUGCGUAG